AUGUCUCGAAGAAACAAUGCCAGUUUGAGCUUGGAAGCACUUCAGCUGUACCGAAACGCAUUCGCUAAUGUUAAGGCAGUCAUCGUGGAUGAAGUCAGCAUGAUUGGUGCAGACGCACUAAAUAAUGUGCACACUCGUCUCCAAAACAUCACCGGUAAUUACGACGAUCCAUUCGGAGGUUCUGACAUAAUUUUUUGUGGAGACUUACGUCAACUACCGCCAGUGAAUGCACGGCCGGUAUGCAAACCAUGCACAAAUUCUAUGCACGGUGCCGUUUUGUGGCAGUCUCUUGAUUUCUUCCCGUUGGUGAGGGUGAUGCGACAGACCGAUGAGCAAUUUUCUACCGUGCUUACUAAGAUUGGAAAUGGAGAGCAACUAACCGCAAUAGAAAAGGAAACUAUUGAGAGUCGAUUCCGUACUACCGAGUGGUGCAAGCUAAACGUUCCCAGUGCAGUGCGCCUUUUCCACCGAAACGCUGACGUUGAACGAUAUAAUCGCGAAUCGUUAAAUGUGAUGCCCGGAUUGGAUUGUACGGCUGAAGAUGCAUUUGCUGGACACAAUAAAGCUGAACAACUGGCAAGUUCCCGCACCAAGCUGUACAAAAUGAGUGUGGCAGAAACCGGUUGUUUGCCUUACAUGGUACGCCUUGUUUUAGGAAUGCCGUACAUGGUGACCACGAACGUCGAUGUUGAAGACGGGCUUGUAAAUGGUGCGAUUUGGGAGCUAAAAAUGUGGAGCAUGACGAAGAUGAUGCUCAAGAGGAAAUCGUCAAAUUAUGGAUCAAAUUCGACAGUGAUACAAUUGGUGCUGUUUUGA